AAUCGUUGUGGGUUCGUUUUCUUUGUAGGUUUGGAUUUGAAGAUUUCCAGAUCGAACUCUCCCACCCAAAAUCUAGGUUUUGUGUCGGUUUCUGAGAAUGCUUUCACACCUUAUUUUCCUUUCGGAAAAUGGUUGAAAUAUCUUCGAUUUCUUUAACCUCUCCCAAAUUGAGGUUACUUUAUCAGAUCUGCAGUUGCAGGUUUUUGCUCAAUUUUAUCAACUGCAAAUGGGUCUGUGGGCUUGGUAUAAGAGGAUGAUUUGCAAUAAGAGAAAGAAGGAAAACAAACCGAAAAAAUCGGAGACAAGGAAAUCGUUAAAUCGUGUUCAAGGGACUUCGAAAUUUCAGGCAUUGAUCGAGGGCGAUGCUCUUACGAAGCAAGCUUUAAGUGCUCUCGACAGAAUACAUUUGUGGAGCAAAAUACAAUCCGAGAUCAGAACUCGUCGACUUUGCAUGGUCACGGAAAGCCGGAUAAAACAGAAGAAGCUUCAAAAUCACUUGAAACUUGAGUCCAAACUCCAUGAACUAGAGGUUGAAUGGUGCGGUGGACCUGGGACGAUGGACGAGAUUGUGUCUAAGAUACAUCAGAGAGAGGAAGCAAGCAACAAGCGUGAACGAGCAAUGGCAUAUGCCUUCUCUCACCAAUGGAGGGCCAACUCAAAUCUAUCUUUCGGUCAAGCGUAUUAUGAUCUAAGCAAAGAAAGCUGGGGUUGGAGUUGGAUGGAGCGAUGGAUUGCAAUUUGCCCGUGGGAGACUCGGGUCGUGGCCCGACCCACCGUCUUGAACCAAAGGAAGAAACCGAAGGAAACAAAGACGUUAGUUGCAAAAGUCGGAACCGAAAAAGGUUUGAGAGUAAUCACGUUCGCACAGAAGAAAUCUAAAAUCCUGUCAGAAAUUUAAAGGAGGUGAUUUUACUAAAUUACCCUUGUUGAAUUCUUGUUACACAUAGAUAUCCAAGAUAAUGGAUAUCAAGCAUGAAUAUGAGAGCUAUUAUGAUGACCAUUGAGUUCAAUGUACAGCUUCUACUGCACAAGGUACAAGUUGUAUCAUGUUAUUUUAGUAGUGGAAAAUGAUCUUCCAUAGAA